AUGGAAGUCAGUUAUUUUCCGAAAUCGCAGAAUCGCUGCGUGUUUUCCGAGUACAAGCUGCAGCGCAGCCUCCUGGGUUACGACAUUGCAGUCUUCAACUCCGCCCAAUCCGUGACGCCUCCUUUUACAGAAAUCAGUGGCAAUGUGUGUGCGAGGAUUGUGGACCAGGACAAGGGACGGCUGGAAGUGGCCUCAUGUUUCUUGGUUCCAGCUCUUGCAGGUCCCUACUGGGUCCUGGCUUACAACGAGGAGGAAGGCUACGCCCUGAUUUCCGGUGGACCCCCCAAAAUUGCCACAGAGUCUGCCUGCAGAACGGGCACGGGCAUCAACGACUCAGGCCUUUGGAUUCUCACGCGGCAGCAGCAGCGUGACGAAGCGUUGGUGCAAAAAGUUCGCGGCAUAGCUUCGGAUCUUGGCUUGGACCUUUCCGUGCUCAAUGAUGUGGACCAGACCGACUGCCCGCCUCCGCCGCCAAUAUGCCCACCACCGGGCUUCGACAGCGUGAGCGAGUUUGACCUUGAGGGCUUCAUUUCGAAACGUUGGAACGUGCAGCAGCAAAUGGAGGUCCUUUAUCUGCCAAGAUCCAGGAACCGCUGUGUGUUUGCCGAAUAUGAGCUGCAAAGCAAUCCCCUGGGUUAUGACGUCUCGGUCUUCAACUCCGCCCAAUCCGUGACGCCUCUAUUUACAGAAUUCAGUGGCAAUUUGUGUGCGAGGAUUGUAGACCAGGACAAGGGACGGCUGGAAGUGGCCCCAUGUUUCCUGAUUCCGGCUUUUGCAGGUCCCUAUUGGGUCCUGGCUUACAACGAGGAGGAAGGCUACGCCCUGAUUUCCGGUGGACCCCCCAAAAUUGCCACAGAGUCUGCCUGCAGAACGGGCACGGGCAUCAACGACUCAGGCCUUUGGAUUUUCACCCGGCAGCAGCAGCGUGACGAGGCCUUGGUGCAAAAAGUUCGCGGCAUAGCUUCGGAUCUUGGCUUUGACCUUUCCGUGCUCAAUGAUGUGGACCAGACCGACUGUUUGCCGGCGUCGAGCAAAGUCGAGGCGCCUGUUCAGGCACCUGUGCGGCAAGCUCUUGAUUAUCAUGCCAUCCUCAAGAUCCACAAGGAAGCCAAUCGCAAUCGCGGAUUCGACAUCACACAGUGCAUGGCGGACGUGACGAACUCCGCCUCCUACAUUGUCCGAGCCAUCCUCAAGAUUCGCUCGGCUUCCAGCGCCUGCUCGGACCCAAGGGCUUGUGCUGUUAAUAUAGUGAACAUCAUCAGCUCCUUCGCGUGGAUCUCCCAGUUUACAGCACUUGCUGUAUCUGACUGUGCCGUGCUUGCCGAACAGAAGGCCUUGUGCACAGCCGAUAUUUUUGUAGCUUGGAUGACUGCUCAGAAUAUUUUGCCAUGUGAGUAG